CCUUAACGGAGGAUAAGAGAAAUGAGAGGCGGCCGCCGGUGGCGGUGCCAAAGAACUUAUUAGACAACUUCGAGAUGCUCAUUUUGUCUUUUCUGUUAUAUUAGUAUUUACAUUUUACAUACAAAAUAAUAACACUUCGUUCCAGCAUUCAGAAAUUUGGUUUUUUUUUUUCUUUCCCUGAGUUCAUCAAUGUCGAGUGUUGAAGGAAAGCUGAAGCUCUAUUCCUAUUGGAGAAGCUCCUGCUCCUGUCGUGUCCGUAUUGCACUCAAUCUCAAAGGUAUCAGUUACCAAUAUAUACCCGUUAACUUGGUCAAGGGGGAACAAUUCACUCCUGAGUUCUUGAAGCUUAAUCCUAUUGGCUAUGUUCCUGUGCUUGUUGAUGGAGAUAUUGUUAUUUCCGAUUCUUUUGCUAUCUUGAUGUAUCUUGAAGAUAAGUAUCCUCAGCAUCCGUUGUUGCCUUCUGAUCUUCAGAAAAAAGCCAUCAGUAUUCAGGCUGCAAAUAUUGUUUCCUCAAGCAUACAACCUCUUCAGAAUCUAGCUGUCCUAAAAUUUAUAGAGGAAAAAGUUGGUCCUGAUCAGAAAGUUCCUUGGGUUCAAUUUCAUAUUGAAAAAGGCUUUACAGCUCUUGAGAAGCUGCUGAAAGACCAUGCUGGAAAAUAUGCUACGGGAGAUGAAGUUUCUCUGGCAGAUGUGUUUCUAGAACCGCAGAUUCAUGCAGCAAUUAAUAGGUUUGAUGUUGACAUGAACAAGUUCCCUCUUCUGCUGAGGUUGCACGAGGCAUACAAUGAGCUACCAGCUUUUCAGAAUGGUAUGCCAGAUAAGCAGCCAGAUGCCCCUUCAUCCAGCUCCAGUUAAACCAAUAAUAGGUGCUGGAAGUAAAGCAUGCAGCUCAGCUGUUAUCACUAGCCAGCAUUGUGGCAAAAAUGAAUGGCCGGGACAACAUUUGUAAGUAACUUUUGUAUUAAUAAAAUGAGUAGCUCUCUUUUAUUGAGUGAUUACACCACUAAAAUAUGCUUGUUGUCGCAGUUAUAUAAACUUUUUUAUAUUCUAUAGCGUUGUACAAGAGGAUUUUAAGGAAGUUAGUGUAUUAUUGUAUUUGGAUGCCAAGUCUUAAGCAAAGGUUCUUCAAGAAGAGCAGGAAAAAUAUAAGGCGUGAUUAUUUUGAA